AUGGAGGAGGCGAUGUCCCAUGGCAUAAAUCCUCGACGGAAGCGAGCCAGCAAAGCUUGUGUAGCCUGUCGCUCCCGCAAAGUCCGAUGCGAUGUCACUCAUAGACCGCAUCAGUGCACCAAUUGUGCCCUUGAUAACAUUCAAUGUGUUGUUAAAGACAGACGCACCAAAUAUCGCAAACGCUCUCCCGUCGUUGUCGAAAAACAGCAGCGGACACAGUUCAGAAACAGUUUGCAGGUAAUUUUACCAAAGGACCCAAGCUCUGCUGCAUCGGAUGAUCUGGAUUCGCCAAACGAUGCAUGUCUAGAGCCAGAUCUCUCAGUGGAAUGUGGUCCUGAAAGCCCAUCUAUGUGCUUCGAGUCGCUUUGGGAUCAACCUGAGAUAGAUUACCCUGCCGAGCGACUCAUUCGAGGUGCGGCAGAAAAUUAUGCGAAGGAACCUGGAAUCUUUGAGAUGGUUCUAAACCAGCGCAAAGAUUCUGACUUCACCAUUAUCUCGGAAAACUCUCGGGUUCAUCAAACGGAGCCUAAGCCAGCCUCAAGCUCCGAUGCAAAGCUGUCCGGUCAAUCGCACAUCAUAUACUCUUAUUACUCUUUCCUUGAUCUCGAUAUCUCUGGCUUGUUACCUGAUGAUAUAAACUAUCUCGAAGCCCAAGGCUGCUUUCGAGUCCCCACUCCAGAAGCUUUGGAUGAAUUUGUCCAAGAGUACUUUUUACAUGUUCACCCGGCGCUUCCGUUGUUAGAUGAAGCCUGGUUCUGGGCCAUCUUUACACGACCUGUACGCGGCAGAUCAAAUCUAUCUCUCUUCGUCUUCCAGGCCAUGCUAUUUACUGCAUGUAGUUUCCUACCAUUUUCAACCCUCCGAAGUCUUGGAUUUGCUUCAGUACACAAUGCACGAGACACAUACUACCGUCGCAGUAAGCUCUUGUUUGAUCUUUGCAGUGAGAGGAACCUUGUGUCUAGUGCGCAGGGAGCACUUUUAUUGUCAUACAAUGGAACAAUGAAGGAUCAGAAACGCACGAAUUCUAUUUGGCUCUCAACUGCAAUCCACCUAGCUCAGGCCGCAGGUGCGGAUCAAUUUCAUACCAGCUUAAACCCGAGUUUGACUACGGUAAAUGAGCUAAAACGACUGUGGUGGUGCUGUAUAGUACGGGACCGAAUCCUACCUCUUGGGAUGCGAAGACAACUACACAUUACAUCGCUCGAUGUGGCGCACGGAAGCUACUUGCCUACUGAGAAAGAUUUCUCGCGAGAGAUUGACGGGUCUCGGGUCUACGCACCACAGACGAAACGAACGCUAGUCCAGUUAUUUAUCACGCUGUGUGAACUGACUGUUCCGCUCACUGAUGUCAUCAAGAUCGUCUAUCCUACCGGCCGCUUGACUGAUAUUCAUUCUCCGGUUGUUCAUGAUGCCCAACAAGGAAGGGAUUCGCUGCAGUCUUGUGAGGCUGGCUUGGAGGCUUGGUUCGAAAGGGCAACGAUCCAGUUUCCAACCCCUGCCGGCAUCAUCACUCGCGAAGAGUCUCUUGUGUUAUACACAAACUUACUCUACAUAUACUAUCACGCUGCUUGCUUUGCACUUUAUCAGCACAAGGCCUUCAUUAUUAGCCAGGAACAGGCCAAAGUGACUUCAGAGCUGCAAUGGACCAAAAGCAAAAUCGAGGAUGCUGCCCUCGGCAUUACAGAGAAUCUGAAAGAGCUUAUCCAACUGAGGUUGGAAAGGUUCUUGCCAAUCAGCAUUGCUGCAUAUAUUGCUGUUCCCCUGGUGCUCCACAUCCUUGAUGUUAGACUUGCAAAGAGGCCACUACAAAUAGCCCAGAAGCAAGGAAAGCUAAAUGUUUAUAUUGAAACUAUGAAGGCUAUGCAGAAGCUCUAUGAUGGAGUUGAUGAUGUAUGGACCUUUAUCAGAACAGCUAUCGAUUAUGCAACUGUACAGGACGCAGAGAAUGAGACAAGUUUACAGAAUGGUUAUAGCAUUAACGCUGUCGGUUGUCUCGGAUCGAAAUCCAAUCUAACCAACGACAACGAGUAUGCCAAUGAUUGGGGUAAUGUCCUCGUCAUGGAACCUGUUUUAUACUUCCGGCUUUCUCGAACUAUCGACCACUCGUUAGCUCUCGGGCGAUAUUCAGAGGACUCUACACUUGGACUCGCUGCACCUCAUUCAGCGCGUUUGCCUUCCCCUAGACUGUUUGUCAUCGACAUAGGUUCUCCCGAACAAAACGUCGAUGCCACCACUUGCAAGCAUGACAAAGCAUCUGUGGAUAACGGGGAUAAAGAAUCCGACGUUGGGCAAGAUCAGCUUUUAUCAGCACCUCAAAUGCUAGAGGAUAUUAAUGAGUUUAUUACUUAUGACUUUGGAAUGGAGGAUCUGUAAGCUCUGGUCAAGUUAAAGAGGCUUAAACUAGAAGUUAAAGAUAUUGGUAGCUUUAAUAUAUAAUAUUAGAGUAAAGUGUGU